UGACGCCCUGAAAUAUCGUUGAGGGCGAUCUUCACCCUGGGAAACGGGCUAAGAGGAUCAAAACAGUUUUACGCGAUUGUCCAUUGUCUUUAGUUUAAUUCAUUUUAACAUUCAAGAUGAAGGAACGAAGAAUGACACAGCCGCUGGUGGCGAGGUGUAAACUGGUUCUAGUUGGGGAUGUCCAAUGCGGAAAAACAGCAAUGUUGCAAGUGCUCGCCAAGGAUUGUUAUCCUGAGACAUACGUGCCAACAGUGUUUGAAAACUACACAGCCUGUCUCGAGCUUGAAGAACAGCGUGUGGAACUGAGCCUGUGGGACACGUCAGGUUCCCCAUAUUACGACAAUGUGCGCCCCCUCUGCUAUAGUGACUCUGAUGCUGUUCUCUUGUGCUUGGACAUCAGCCGCCCAGACACCAUCGAUAGUGUACUGAAGAAAUGGAAAACAGAGAUCCAGGACUUCUGCCCCAGCACCCGAGUCCUCCUCAUCGGCUGCAAGAUGGAUUUGCGCACGGAUGUCUGUACCCUCAUGGAGCUGUCCAAUCAGAAACAGACGCCUAUCUCCCAUGAGCAGGGUCUGGGCCUGGCCAGGCAGCUGGGAGCGGAGGCGUACCUGGAGUGCUCGGCCUUCACCUCGGAGAAGAGCAUCCACAGCGUGUUCCGCACGGCAGCCUCCGCCUGCGUCAGCAAGCCCCGCCCGGCCCUGAAGGCCAGCCCCGCCCGCCGCCUCUCCAAGAGACUACUGCACCUGCCCAGCCGGGCCGAGCUGCUCACCUCCACCUUCGGCAAGGAGAAAGCCAAGAGCUGCUCUCUGAUGUGAGGGCCCGCGUGCUGAGAACAGCGCCCCCCGCGGGGUGGGAGGGGGAAGCGGAGGAAUCGUCAACAAAGAGCUCCUUCCUGAAGCCCUCCUCUCACCACAACGCCCCCCCCCCUCUCAAAAAAAAAAAAAACCAUCAGACAUCUGUUGCCCGUAAAGUCCUGAUUUGUACAGCACCGUUUCUAUUUCAUCCGUACCUUCUUUUUACUCAAAGGUGCGACCAUGACUGUUUUCCUUUACCAGCAUUGCUUUUACAAACCUCAUUUAAUAAAAAAACAAACAAAUGUGCCCCUGGACUAACGGCACAGCGCUGUGUCUGACCCGGAGAGGAAGUGUUCUGCUGUGUUUCUGUGUUUGUGACAUUUAUGCUUCUGAAUCUGAAAGCAACACCAGUGUGUCUAUUCUUCUGGGUGAUCUGAUGUUCUCCUCCGCUUUCAAAUGUAAAACGCUUCUGUCCCACAUAUGAAAUAUGCACUUCAGCAUGUUGGGGAACAGACUGCGGUGUGAAAUCAAGUGUGGGUUUGGGCGAGCGAGGCUGCUCCCAUGCUGGAGCCAGGUAUUGCCUAUUUGUUUGGUAGUCUCCGAGCCGGCCCAACAUCGGACUGCUUGCCAGAGCCAGAGUGACCCUCCCUCAACAGCACUGCCCUCUGAUUUAUGAAUAGUGGGGUGGCACCCCAAAAAAACGCUUCUCCCCCCCCUGAUCUGAGAUCAGUAUUACCGAGGGGAGUGAAGGUCUCAGUCUCUAAUCUGGGACCAGUAUUACAGAGGGCAACAGGCCAGCAAGAGCAAUAUGUUAAACUGGGGGAUGCAAAGUAGACCAGGCAUAAAAAGUGAUGCACAUGGGGUUUUCUAAAAGAAUGGUAAUAUAUCUGCAAAAUCACUCCAAUUUUUUGUUCCAGUUUUUGUUUUUGAGGGACGUGCAUUAAAAAGGGGGCACUGCUCUCUGCCGGUGUUUAAUAUUUAAAUUGCACCGCAUGGUGUGGUUAUUUGAAAGGACGGAGGUCGUAAAUGAUGUUUGGGCAGAAGGGGUGAAACCUCAGGGCUGUGGAGCAGGUGUGGGUUUGCUGGCAGAGGCUGGGGAGGUGGGCACAGUCACAUCUGUCCGGUGACCCUGGGCAGUGGCUAUGGCUGGCAACAGGUCUGAAGAUCUGGUUAUUGGAGAGAGGUUUGAUGUUUGAGAGUUAAGAAGCUUCUGCUCUUAACUGACCUUGAGAAAUCUAAAGAUCUAGAUGGAUACAUUGCCUCCAUCACCAUGUUGAGCUCUGGGUUUUUCAGGCAUAGAGUUUUGUGAUCUGAAAUGUAAACCCUGUCUCUUCCUUUUAUUGAUUUUCUACAUUUAAAAAAAAGGAUGACUGCAGAACUUUGCUCUGAUGCUGUGCCUUUUUCCUGAUGAUGAUGAUGAUGAUGAUAUUGAUGAAGACAAUGAUGAUGAUGAUUUAGGCUUUGUGAGAAGGCCUCCUAUUUCGCUAGUUCCGCCCUCCAGCUCCUACAUGCUAAUUUCCAGCCUCAUAGUACAACAAUCAAGGGCAAUUUCUCUUCAUACCACACCAUGACCAUCUCCAAAGCACGCCACGAUCAUCUGUAAACCACAGUAUGACCUCAUUUAAAUCAAAUCUUUAUCUGAAAUGCUUCCCUUUGUGAUUAUUUAACUUUUAACUGAUUGUUUAUUGAAGCUUGUUCUGAAGGCUUUGGUAGUGCACAAUCCAAGACAAUUUGAGAGGAGCAGCUGUGUUCUUCAAGUCUUCAUACCUUAUGACAGGUUAACAGCGUAUGCAUGACAACAUGUUUUAAAAGCAUCAAUGUUCUUCCGAUAUAUAUUUCUAACAACAUGAUAUGAUGAUAACACAUCAAAACUGAUGAAGUGCUGGGGUGUGCUGGUUUGGAGAAAUGCUUCUCAAUCAUUGGAAAAUUUUGGGGAGUUGGCUUAGAUGUGUAUGCAGGGCUCAAGGAAGGAGAACGGGCUGGUCCUGUCCAAAGAUAUUUUACACGUUCACUUUUAGACUAAUAAGAGUUUAUUAUUUUCUUUUCCUAAAACUUGAAAUUAGUUUCCCCAGUUUUUUAGUUGCCACGUACAUUACCUCAUACCUGGACCGAUGUUUUUUGUUUGAAUUAAGGAAGUUACAGGCACAGAUUCAUUAUUAUUUCUGCAUUGAAUUUUUUUGCCUAGCAACAGUUGAAAUGGAGGGUAACCUGAGAAUGGUCCUUGGGUUUCAGAGACAGCUGAUUUGAAAAGGUUGGGCUCAUCUACCACUGUAGCAUCAGGUGAAGCCACUGUUCAGUUGAUGACUGGAAAUACAGGACUGGAAAUCGGUCUUUACAUAAUUUGAUUGAUGUGCGUUCUAUGGGUGUCCAUCACAUUUGGGAGUCCAGCCACUGCAUGUUAUAAACAUUCUGGAUUCAGAACCAUUGCCUAGCAAUGGCACUUACUAUAUCAUUGUUACAUGAAAGCUAAUAGUCUGGUUGUACAUGUCUUGUUUUAUCUAUCUUUGUAAAAACGUCUAAAAGAAUGUGGGAGAAAAAAGUAUUUCAUUUAACAGAAAAGGCAGAAAAAAAAAAAAAAUUGUUGUAAGAUAUCUUCAUCUUAUUUAUUAAGUAAAUAUCAGAGGUUAAAUGUUGCUAUUUUUGUUUUAUUUAACAUACAUUUGUUACUUUGUUUUAAAAUCUAUUUUGAAAUGGAAUUUGAAAGUUUAUUAUUUUUCCCCUGGUCACUUUAUUUAAUAAAGCCUGCCAUGUUCCGCAAAAA